UUACUCUGAAGUAAAUAUCACAAACAGUAUUCAUAUAAAUAAUAAUUAAUAAUACUUAUAACGAUGAACAACAGAAAAGUAAUAAUUUUUGCUGGGCCAUACACAGAAGACAAAUACAACCAAUUUUUCAAUCCAAACGUUUGUCAUGUUUGCAAAAAUCCCAGCAGAUACUUGAUAACGUGUAAUCUCUGUAAUUUGAUAUCUUACUGUUCAGAGGAGCAUAAGGAGAUACACAGAAUCUUGCACUCGGAAUUCUGCAUAGCUGUGGCAAGGAUAAUAACAGAAAAAUCUUUCUCGGAUACGUAUCCUAGCUUGGAACAUUGGAUAGCAUCACGGGACGAUAUUUUACAACGAAUACAGCCUAAUUUGUCACGUUACGUAUACCAAUACGAAAAAGAGAUGAUAUUAUGUGCAAAGACGUGUUAUGUAUGUUACCGACAGAUAAACGUAAGUCCUUGCAACAUUUGCUAUUCAGCCAAUUUUUGUAAUGAUCACCAAAUACUAUGUAGUGUAUGGAAAGGACAUGGGAAAGAGUGCGUUGAGCUGUUGGUAUUACUGAACAUGAAUAUAAGUGAUAUUAUCAACGACAAAAUAGAGACAUGGAUUAAUCAAAAUAGGAAAUUCUCCAAAUUCCCUUAUAGUAAAGAUUUUCAUGACAAUAUUACAUUUAUUAAUAGCUAUGUACUCAGUAGAGAUCCAUAUACUCAUCGUAAGAUGUUAGAUGAUCCUAAUUCAACUCUUGCCUGGACAUUCGAGCAAUAUGUAUAUUCUGAUGCUAUAUCCAAUCCGCUAACAUUAUUCUACGCGUUGAAAGAAUCAAAUAUAUUAUAUGAUACAAUGAAGACAGAUAAAUACAUUGUUCAUCUUAUAGACGCAAACAGAAAAGAUGUAAUAUCUUUGCAAACUUGGCAUAUUUUCUUACAUUUCUCUAGAAGAAUAAAGGAAUUGCAUAUUGUACUUAUAAAAUCGCCAAUUUUCGAAUCGCGCGAUCUAGGGUCUGUUUGUUCAACGUGCCGUACAUAUGGACAGAAACUUUAUGUUAAAAAUGUAUCAGAAACGUACUACACGUAUGUACGCUCAGAGUCAUAUGAGCCACCAAAUGUGAUUAUACUUCAAACACGAAUUAGUUCCAUGGGAACAUGGCUUGGAUCUAUAACAGCAAUAAUAGCCCAGAGGCGCCCAUUACUUUUAACCGCUGACACGGAAAUGACAGUGAAAGGAAAUAUAAAUAAAAUAGAAGAGGUAACAGGCGAAACUAAAAAACGCUUGUACAGAAAAAAUAAAUUCCGCGGGUGUAGGCCAUAUAGAAACUAUGUAACUGGAGGAUGUUGUUACCGAAAUGCGUAUUUUAUUAUGUAUUUUUGAAUUUAAAUUACAUGACCGACCCAGUCAAAUGUUGAAGAAGCAUGAAAAGAUACAUGGAAGCUCACCCCUGGAACUCUGCAGCGACCUAGCAAGUAUCAUACUUGACAAAUCGAAUUGGAAUAUACAUCAUAUUUGGGAAGAAUAGAGAGAAGCACGGAAGGAAAUUUUAAUAAUUUAAAUCUGUCAGGUAUACAUCCGUACGUAAUAGAUGUGACAUUAUGCGCAAAAUAGUAUUAUAAGGGUC